UAACCAUUCCUUUAACGCGGAAGUUGUGGUUCAAGUGCUGGGAACUGCAGUCUAAAACAAAACACGAAAGGGAUCCGCUCUCCGUAAAUAAUUGUUCUUUAAGGGCGUCUUGUAAAUGAUGCACAUUCUCCAUCCUGAAAAUGCAUAGCACUUUGAAAAAGUGGAAGAAGACGUUUGCAGAUUUUGCACCGGAUAUAGAGUUGACCUGUGGGGUAGCGAUUGUGAUCGUGCUGUCAUGUGUUUUUAGUGUCACACCAUAUUACUUAGAUAUUCCAGAGCACUUUUUCAGUCUGGAGUCCAGUGCUGUCAUCAGCGGCCAUGUCUACAAACUCUUCACCUAUUUCCUCUACCACAAGAAUAUGAUGCUUUUGUUCCUAAGUGCCGUUCUGAUGGCGUUUCCCUGUAGUGGGCUGGAGCGAGGAAUCGGAACGGUCAGAUUCCUCUACCGGUCACUGCUGCUGUCGUCCAUCUGUGGACUCCUACAUGUGCUGCUGGAGUCACUGCUGUUCUCCCCGUCCAGUAGGAGCUCAGUAAAUGGGCUCAUCCCAUUAGCCCUGUCCGUCCUGGGAAUGAUAACCAUCAAUUCUGCUAUGCGGAAGGCAUAUAUUAUGGGCGUCAGUGUGCCUACUUCAUCUCUCCCCUGGAUUAUUCUAAUAAUUCUAACCCUGUUCUUUCCAAACGCUUUUUUCCUUUGCAACGUCCUGGCCAUCAUUACAGGAAUGUUACAUGGAAUGGGAUGGUUUUCAUUAUUAGAGAUGUCCGAAUCUAGAGCUUCCGUCUUGGAGAAGAAGUUCCCUUUUCGCUUGCUAAAGCAUAUACCUGGUGUCCAGUUCAUUCCUGCAUCGACCGAAGAGCGCAAAAAGCCACUUGACCUCACAAACGCUCCACCAGGGUCGUACCCUGUCCAGGCCUACGCUCCAGUAAAUGCAACCAGUGGUCAAGUUAUGGGAAGCCUACCCAACACAGUCGAUGGUUGGCCCGUCUCACUGUAUCCUCAACAGCAAUACACAUUUACUUCACCUUACGCUAAAGUCAGCAUUGGUCACGAUCAUGGACAUGGACACGGUCAUGGUCACAGCCAUGGACAUCAUCAUGGGCACAGCCAUCACACCGGCAGCCCGUGGAUGCCGAUGUCCCCAUAUGCUCAGCAUCAGUUCAGGCCUCCAGUCAACAUGACAGGUCAACCCUUUACUAAACUGCCUCAGCCAGGAGUGCCAUUCACACCUCCGAUCUCACAGCCAGAGACUGGAGUGCCUUCGUUUCCCACAACUCCCCCUGGAGCCCCUGUGUCAUUGUCAUCCUAGAGACUUAACAGUUUUUUGUUUGGUCGUUCUUCUGUUCCUCAUAUCUUGUUCCUAGAAUUCAAAUGGCUCCAGAUGUGCAGUGAUGUUUAACUUGUUUUUAAUAUUAUACAGUUGGAGUUUUGCUAAAGAAUAUUUUGUACCUUAAAUUAAAAACUGAAUUGAGUAAAAUGCUUCUAUCAUGUUUUAAUCAAUUUUAAAUACUACAGUAUUUUUUAAGCAUGUCCAUACAAACACAUUUUGAGGCCAGACAGUGUUUGUGCAUAUUCUUUAAUUGUCAAACAUUGCAUGACUGAGAUCACAAUUUUGCACAAAACAUUUGACAUCACAAUGACAUUUCUCUUCCUAAGCAGUAUUAAUGCAUUAAGUUUUAAAAUUACACCAAUGCAAGCUUGUCUCAUUUUAAAAUCAGCGUGCUGGGCUAUGCAGUUGGUUCACUUAAAAGCAUAAGAAAAUAAGAGAAGAACUUACUUUUCUUUUCAUAAAUGCACCUUUUUAAAUGUUAGGAAAAUACAUAUUUCUGUGACUAUUAACACCUGACCACUUGCUAAAAC